AUAUUCAGUAUAGCAACGAAAAAAAUCCUGAAGAAAUAACAAAAGAUGUCACGAAACGAAGAAAAAGAUCACGAAUUAGAACCGGUUAGCCCGGGUGCUCGAUUAAUGCAGGCACCGGGCCUUAAUCUCUGUAUAAUAGCAGUCAUGGGUUUUACUACAAAGAUCGAUCCAAACGUUUUCAAGAAAGGUUUACAAGACACUCUCAUCAAACAUCCUCGUUUCUCCAGUUUGCUCAUUGUGAAGAACAGUAAGUUUACGUGGAAAAGGACAAGGGUAGAAAUGGAAGAACAUGUAUUCGUGCCGGAUUUGGAUCCUGAGAUGGAAUAUUCCGGCGACGAGUUCGUGGAGGAUUACAUGUCGGCUCUUUCGACAACUCCGAUGGACAUGAAAAAGCCGCUGUGGGAAAUACACAUACUGAACGUGAAAACCUCCGACGCGGACUCCGUGCUGGUUUUCAAGAUCCACCACUCGAUCGGCGACGGCGUUUCCCUCACCGCACUAGUUCUCGCGUGCGCCAGGAAAACCUCCGACCCAGAAUCCCUGCCGGUCAUUUCGUCGGCGGCGUCGGCCAGAAAACGGAAACCCGACGCCGCCGUGGAUAAGGGUUUUCUGAAGAGGGUGUUUGUCCUUGUUUGGACGGUGGUGUUGGUUGUUUUCAACACGUGUUCUGACUGUAUGCUGUUCUUGGCCACGGUGCUGUUUCUAAAAGACAAAUGGACUCCGAUAAAGGUGGCGCGUGGGGAUGACGCGCUGUCGUCCAGGAAGAGAUUUGUCCACCGGAUUAUUAGUCUUGACGACGUUAAGCUUGUCAAGACAGCCAUGAAUGUUAGCAUUAAUGACGUCAUAUUGGGAAUCACAGAAGCUGGCCUUAGUCGUUAUCUCAACAUGAGAUAUGGGAAAAUAAGAGAAAAUGUAACUGAUCAAGAAAACAUGAAAAAGAGUAGUAAGAAUCAUUUGCCAAAAAAUCUUUGCAUUAGAUCAGCUGUUGUAUUUAACCUCAGACCAUCUGCAACUAUCGAGGAUAUGGCGGAAGUGAUGGAGAAUGCGAAAGAAUUAAAGGGAACAUGGGGAAAUUUAAUAGGAAUUUGUCUACUUCCACUCACUAUUUCUCUGCACGAAGAGGAAGAGGACCCCCUAAUUCACGUUCGUAGAGCUAAGUCUACGAUGGACGCCAAGAAACUUUCGUUAGGCCAUAAAUGCGCUUUCGCCGUAAUGAAGCUAAUGAUGUUUUUAUUUGGAAACAAGAUAGCAGGAGGUGUGUCGAGGAAGGUUUUUCAGAACACGACGCUAACAUUCUCGAAUGUGGUGGGACCGGAAGAAGAGAUCACUCUAUUUGGUCAUCCCUUGUCUUACAUUGCACCUUCUGUUCAUGGUUUUCCUCAAGCAUUGAUAAUCCAUUACCAAAGCUAUGGUGACAAGCUAAUAAUAGCGAUGGGUGCCGACGAAAAGUUGAUUCCGAAUCCUCAUCAACUUUGCGACGAUUUGGCGAUUUCUCUUCUAAAUAUGAAACAAGCUGUCAUUAAAAAAGGGCUAGUUCAAUUUUGCUGAAAGCUGAAGACUAGUGUGGAUUUCUCAGCAUUACUAUAUAAGAUACAAUCUAUAUUAUAUGUUUCUAUUUAUUUAAUUAUGUUAAUGAAGAAUUUUUUCAGCCUUAAUUAAUCAUAUUUAUGUUUCCUUUUAGUGUGUGUAAUUAAUCUGGCCCAAUCGCAUGGGGUCAACUUGGGCCGGUUGAUAUUAUGAUUUAUUUGGAAUAUAGAAUUUGUAUAAGCAAUUUGGGCCCACAAGGAAUACUUAUAAUUUUCUUGAUGUAUAAUUGACAUGUUAUUGGAUUAAUUUUGGACCCACACAUAGUUCCAUCAAGUGUAGAUAUAUAAAGUCUGAAUGUCCACGUCAUAAUGUAAGACAAUGCGUCA